ACUAUUGGUGAUAAAAGUUGAAGAAGAUAAUUGUCUUAGCUGUAAAGUAGAAACGUCCAAAUCGUUGAUAACUUUUUUUGUGUCGUAAUAACAUAAAAACAAACUUAUGAAGUGUUAUUUUCAAAAUUAUUAUGAAAGUGAGAAUAAUAUCCAAAAUCACAUCACUAUCAAUAGCUGUGGCAUUUGAACCACAAGUCACCUAUUUUAUAGUAUAGGUUAUCUAUAUAUAGAUAGAAUCUAGAACUAAAUUGUCAAAAAAAAAGAAUAAGAAUUUAACCAUACCAAAGUUUAAAAAUAGAGAAAACUUAAAAAAUGUAUGUUAAAAAAAUAGCUAGUUUUAUGAAUUCAGAAGGUGGAAGGAAAGUUUCUUAUAUUCUUGCUGGUACAAUAUCUGUUGGGGCUAUGUGUUCUUAUUUUGUGCCCCAUACCCUACUCUUAAAUGAAUACAGGAAAUUGAUUCAAUUAUACAAUAAUGGUAUAUCAGUUCCAGUCACCAAGGAGAUAGAAAAUCGCUUCCAAAAGGCGUUAGAUUUAUUAAAGAUAGAUCCAAAAGAUGUCCACUUAUAUAAACCAUUUCAUGUAUAUGGUUUUGAUGUAAUGAGUGCUGGCAGUUCAUAUAGUAAAUAUGGAGCAAUUAUUGGAAUACCAAUCAAUUUUACUUUUCAGAAACCAGAGACUAUUGAUCGAUCCAAAAUGAGAAUAAAUCAUGAAGCUAUUGUUUGGGAUUCUGAACCUGCUCAAAAUCUUUUAAAGUCAAUGGUUUUGUCAGAAAAAGCUCAGCUAUACGCUAUGUCUAGAGAAGUUUUAUACAGGCAAACAUUGAAACCAUUAUUAGAUGUAUUCUUGGCCACAAAUUUAGUAUUGUCAUCAUAUUUCUUAGGCAGAAAUUUAAAACAAAAGUUUAAUUUUUCAGCAAAACCACUGGGUUUAAGAAUAAUGUUGUAUACGUUAGUAGGAAUAUUUAAUUUUGGAAUAUACAUAAUGGCAAAGGAUCUCUCCCAGAUGUAUUACGAAAAAAAUAUCGAUUUAGAACUGAAAAAGACAGACAUAAUAUUUUUACAGGGCGGUAAAGAAUUUUAUUCUAAACUACUCGAAAGGAAUAAAGCUUUAAGGCAGUUACUAGGAAAAGAUGGUGAAAGGCUCUACAGUGUGCUUGGAAAUGAAAAUUAUAUAUUAAGACAAAAACAUAUUCCAUUAGUGCAAAGAUUAUCAUCUUUUGAUGAUACAAUAACUUCUUAGAUUAUUCUUAAUAAUCUAUAUUUGUAAAUAUAUUAAUUUAGAAAUUAUUUUUUAUUUAUUUAAACCCGUUGGUGUUAUUUAAAUUUUUAUACCAAUUAUUAGCUCCCCGCUUUGGUUUCGUACUAGCAUAUUAUGUCCAGAUGAGUUUAUUAUAGGGUCGCAUCAGCUCAAUGCACCGAACUUGUAGAUUUGAUUUGAAUAUAAAAUAAUACAGCCGCCAAGGAUAUUUAUUAUAAUCGCAAAUUCUCGUAAUGUUGCGAAAGAAAAUAGUAUAUUGUGAAUGAUCUAAGAAAUAAGGUUUCUUCAUUGAACUAACUAUUUACUUUACCUGAUAACCUUAAGGCUUGAGUUCACAAACAUUCAAAACGUAUCUUGAAAUUUGAAAGGAGGGUCUAUCGUCCAUUUAUAACGAUUCGAAUCUUACAACAAUAAAUGAAAAAGAGAAAAGGAUAGCCUGGAGAGUAUUUUCAAAAGAAAAAAUAAGAUUAAUAGAACACCAAUAUAGAACAAAGAGAAAACGUAAGAAAAAAUGGAUUAAGUAAAAUACUUGUUCACAUAAUUAAUAGGAGAAGUCAAAUAGAAAAAUGCCUGUGUGUGGAUCGCUUUACAAACUGCAGUCUUUUUCUUAGAUAUUUUAUUAAUUUAAAGAUGAUAUCUUAGGCCAAAGCAUCACAUGCACGUACUCUUAUAUAACCAAUACUCUAAUUAUUCCAAGGUAAUAAAAAUUUAAUUUUGUCCUAUUUGUCUCUAUGUAGAUAUAAGAAGGAAAUGAAAUAAAACAUGUUUCUGU